AUGUCCACCACCACCCCACCCAAUCCCUACCCCUCCCCCCACGGCAAACUCCUGCACAAAACCGCCAUCAUCACCGGCGGCUCCAUGGGCAUCGGCGCAGGCAUCGUGCAAAAAUUCAUCGCCGAAGGCGCCCACGUGCUCAUCUUCGACAUCAACGGCCCCACCGCCUUGUCCCUCGCCGCGACGCUGCCGGAAGGGAGCGUGAAGGUGUUCGAGGGGGAUGUGACCAAGGAGGGGGACUGGAGGGAGGCGUUGAGGGUGUGUUUGGAGGCGUUUGGGCGGUGUGAUGUGGUGGUGAAUAAUGCGGGGGUGGUGCAUCGGGCUGUUCCGAGCACACAAGUCCCCCAAGAAGAAUACGACCGCAUCAUGACCACCAACAUCACCCCCCUCUACCACUCCGCCCGAACCCUCCAACCUCACUUCGCCUCCCUCAGGCCCCCAGGUGGCGUCUUCGUCAACAUCUCCUCCAUCUCCGCCCCGCGGCCCCGCCCCAACCUCGUCUGGUACGCCGGCUCCAAAGGCGCCGUCUCGUCCAUCACGCGCGGGUUAGCGGCGGAAUUCGCGCCCUUCAACAUCCGGUGCAACGCCAUCCUGCCCGUCGUCGCGGAGACGGGGAUGGUGGCGAGUGUUUUGGGCGGGGAGGAUUCGGCGGAGGGGAGGGAGCGGUUGAGGGCUCAGAUUCCGCUGGGCAGGAUUUGUACGCCGGGGGAUGUGGCGGGGGCGGCGUGUUUUUUGGCCGGGGAGGAGAGUAGUUUUAUUACGGGGGUGGAGUUGCCGGUGGAUGGGGGGAGGAGUUUGAUGUAG